CAGACUGUGUUAGGGAGGUGGAGUAAGUUUUUUUCUUUUUUUUAAUAAACACCCUUGAUCUCUAAGAAACAGUGUAUAGUGAAUUGUCAAUGAGCAGUUCUGAUCUGAAGGCUAAAACUCCUCCCAGUCAUUACUCUUCACUCACCAUCUGGUCAGCUAUUUAAAACAUCCAAUGAACCAUGCAGGCAGUCAAAAAUAGUCAGCCAUCCAGGACUAGAAACUUCCUCAAGCCACAAGGGUAUCAUGGUAGAGGUAACUGUUAAACUGUUCCAGAGAAGAGGACAGUAAACAGAGGAUAAUACAAAUAUUCUUCAUGAAUGAGUGAGUUUUUAGCUUUUAUCUUUAGUGCAUUUGUUUCAUAUAGCCUACCAAAACAUUUAAGCUUGAGCUAUUACAAAAUCACAGCUUAUUUUAAUUUAUAGAAAACUGUCAAAAUGGCAGCAGUUUUAAGUCAGUUUAUGGAAUUCCAUUCAGUUCAUGGGACGAAUGUGAAACUGGACCCCUCGAGGACUCAGGCCACCCGAGUAGAAAGUUUUGCAAACGGCGUCUGCUUCAGUAAAGAUCCAUUAAGCCCUGGAGAGAUCUUCCUAGUGGAGAUUGAAGAGAAAGAACUGGGUUGGUGUGGUCAUUUAAGGAUUGGACUUACUGCCCAUGAUCCUCGAACGCUGGAUAGUGUGCCAGAAUACUCUCUGCCUGAUCUUGUAGAUAUGGGAGACAGCUGGGUAUUUGCAAUAACAAGAAACCAUAAUAAAGUCAUUGAGGAUGAAGGAGGAGAAGCAGAAGGUGGUGAACAGCCAAAUGUUGGUGAUGAAGCAGAAAACAAGCCUAAAACCUUUUUCACAGACACUCAUCUGUAUAUAGAAAACAUGAGCAUACCCAGAGACAAGUUAGUGGGACGCAGUCGACCUGGGAGGUACAGUCACAUUCUGGAUGAUCUGUAUAAAACCAACACUCUACCCCCCACUGCCCGUCGCAGUCGGAUAGGGGUUGUCUAUGCUCCUAAGGGACAAGGGUAUGCUGACAUGCACAUUAUCAUCAAUGGUGAAGACAUGGGAGCCUCUGCAAAGAGGAUCCCCACCAAUAAACCGCUGUAUGCUGUUGUGGAUGUAUUUGCAGCUACUAAAUGUGUUCGGAUUGUACAGGUGGAAUAUGGAUUUUCCUCACUGCAGACACUCUGCCGAAAGACAAUUCAGAAACACAUCAUUCACAGAAUGGCCUUGGACUGGUUGGAACUUCCAGAGUUACUUAAAUUCUAUUGCAAAUAUGAGUGAGCAAAACCUAUUAAAAAUCUGAGCAGGAAAGAUUUUUAAGACAAAAAGUGGUCAGAUUAGUAAUCUGAAAAGUGUUCUUCGAUGUUUGUUGAUGCACAUUACACCAAGAACACCAUGAGCACUUACAAUGUGGCUAAAAUACUUCAGUGAAUAUUAUAUUCUGAUACUGUAAUCCUUCAGUGAGUCAUAAAUACAUAUUAAUCAUUUAAAGCCUGACACAAAUAAUAUGAAUAAUAUUGUGAAAAAUUUUGAAUUUACAAUUUUAUAAAAUGUAAUGGUUAGAACAGUGUAUUGAACCUUUAGAUACAUUUUUUAUGUAUGUUUUAUGAUCUGUAUAUGUAUUUGACAUCAAGCUUUAAUAUCUCAUAUAAUAUUAUAUAGUAAGAAUAUGGAGCUCUUACUAGAGGAGGAAAAAACACUUAAUUUUAUUUAGGCCCAAAUAAAGCAAAAUAUUAAAUUUGCUGCUGGUAUUGUUAUUUACAAUGACAAAAAGUAAGAUACAAUUCUGAUAGCUUGUAAUCUUAAUAAACUUCAUAAUAAAAACAAUACAUUUAUAUCACUUGUCACUCUCAAUCCCAAUAGUAUGUCUUAUUAAGAUUAAAUUUAAAUGCAUAAUUUUUUUUAUCAAGUCUCUGGGGUUUUAUUGUGGGGGACAAAACAUAGGCUAUAAUGCCUGAUGUGUCAUGAUUGAUACAUGAUUUUUUUUUUUUUUUUUUUUAUAAUUUAGAGGCCUUUAGUUUAUCAAAUAUGAUAAGCUUUAAAGGAUUAAAUGGCAACAUGCCAUAUUUUAAAUGUCAACCUGCUGGUCUUGAGAUUUCUUUUUGUUUGUAAAUUUGUAAUUCAAAAAAUCUUUUCUUUGCCAUUUGUAAAUGAUUAACUGCAAAGUACUUGAACUUUCACUUGUGGCCUU